UACGGUUGCACAUUUACGUUCAAACACGCAUUCGAACCUAAGAAUAUUAAUGAUGGUAUCAUUACUUUUUAUGCAUCUUGCAUCCGUCGUUAUGACCUGUGGUUGUUUUGCGGCUCCAGAUCGACCGGUGGCCGUUCCGAGAAAACCACUUCCGGUCCCGGUGCCUUUGUCGAGGGACCCACGUCUAGAUCCGACGACUGUACCGUUGGAGCCACUUCGGCCGCUCGAGUGUCCAGAGACGUGCGUCCUACCAGCCUGUGUUGAUGUUUAUACGCCGCCAGGAAGUUGCUGUCCGAUUUGCCGACUACCAGCCGAGCAAAUCGUUUGUGUGAAGGAUGGACGAACUUACAACGACGGUGAGCAUGUGCCCGAUAAUGACCCCUGUAAACGCUGCCGUUGUAGAGGAGGUCGUAUCAUGUGCGCAAUGAUGUCGUGUGCCGCGUGUGAUGGCCCCAGACUCCCUGGGCAAUGCUGUCGUUCCUGUUCACCACAGCCUGUGGCCAUGGCGUAAAAUUGCUUCUGUAUAUUUCAAUUAUGAAUUAUUUUUGAGACAGAAAAAACAAUAGAAGUCGUAAUUACAGGCUGAACGUGUUACUUUUCAAUCCUCAAGAAAACAAUUGUGUAUGGAAACUCCCUAAAUAUAUAAUUGUUCAUGAAUGUUGCUGUCCAAUGUCGAUAGUCAUGCUUGUAUUUGUAUGUCUCCUGUGGCUUACUUAUGCAGUGUUUAUUGUUGUAUAUAAAAACGUGAAAAGAACAAUUAUCAUGUGAUGUAUAACUAUUGUACUUGCUAUAUUUGAAUGCAAAUGCGUCAUGUAAGCAUAAAAAAUUCA